UUGAACAAAUAUGUCUUCCAUCGUACACAUAUAUCUUUCCAUAAUUCACUAAAAUACCGAAAGUAGAAAAUGCAAACCAAAUUUCUGGUAGUUCUAAGUGUUAACGUUAUUUUUGCUUCUACUGCCCAAACCGGGUGGUACAAAAACGGGAUAUUUUACCAAGUCUACGUCAGAUCCUUCAAAGACAACAACAACGACGGCGUUGGAGAUUUGAGAGGAGUCAUCGAAAAAUUAGACCACCUCAAGGAUCUGGGAGUUACAGUGGCGUGGUUGUCACCCGUUUUUAAGUCACCUCAAAUCGACCAUGGUUACGACAUCAGUGACUAUUACUCUAUAGAACCCAUCUACGGUGACAUGAGCGAUUUGGUCGAGCUCUUUAGAAAAGCUGAGCAGUUCGGGAUCAAAAUCCUCUUAGAUUUAGUGCCGAAUCAUACAAGCGAUCAGCAUUAUUGGUUUAAUAAUUCUGUUAACUAUGAGCCUGGGUAUGAGGAUUACUACGUAUGGGUCGAUCCUAAGUUUGAUUCAAAUGGAAAUCGUAAACCACCAAACAACUGGAUCAGUGUGUUUUCGAACUCCUCGUGGACCUGGAAUGAAAAGAGACAACAAUAUUACCUCCACCAAUUCGAUCCAUCCCAACCAGACCUAAAUCUACGUAAUAAAGACGUUAUGGAUGAAUUAAAGAGAGUACUGACGUUUUACUUGGACCUUGGUGCAGCAGGUUUCAGAGUAGACGCUGUGCCAUAUUUGAUUGAAGAUCCACGUUUACUUGAUGAACCUUUUCUUCCUGACAUAGCGAAUCCUGAUCCAGGAAACUGGUUUCAUUAUGACCAUGUUUAUACCAAGGACACCAAUGAAAGUUACGAAUGUGUUUAUGAAAUUAGAUCUUUCAUUGACGAUUACAACAAGAACCACCAAGGGGAAGAAAGGAUUAUCGUCACAGAAGCCUACAGCGAUUUCAACAAAAUUAAGUUGUAUUAUGGAAACAAUGAUGGGGCAGAAUUGGGUGCACAUUUCACAUUUAAUUUUGACUUUACUUACCUUAACUACAACUCAACAGCGAACCAUAUAAAGAAUCUCAUAGAAAUGUGGACACAUGAUUUAGAUAAGCAAUAUCCUUUGAACUGGGGACUGUCAAACCACGACAACCACAGAGGCCCGACUAGAUUGGGUAACGUGGACGGUUAUAACAUGUUGGUAACAUUUCUACCAGGAAUAGCAGCUGUUUAUUAUGGAGAAGAAAUAGGACAAGAGAACGGCGAGGUAAAAUGUGAAGAAGGUACAGAUCCUAAAGUGAACAACUGUACAAGUUUUGAUCUGAUAACCAGGGACUAUGAACGAACUCCGCUCCAAUGGGAUGCCACUGUCAACGCUGGUUUUAACAGUGGAGAAGCCAAAAGCGCGAACAAAAAUGUGUUGCAUAUUGUUAGGAAAAGGUUUCAGGGAAAGGACUCGUAUGUAUUCUUGUUUAACAUGGAAAGAUCAAGGAAAAGGACAUUGAAGGUUAGCGACGUAUGUUUUAAAUUGCUGGUCAGCAGUACCAAUUCUCAAUACACUAAUGGGCAAAUUUUUAAGAAUUCAGUCAUGUUGUUACCUCAGGAGAGUUUGGUACUGAAAGAAAUACUUAUUCCCGAGAUGUAA